AUGUGGUUCUUCAUCUGCACGCCCCUGGAGUCCCUGUCCUCCCUCCUCACCGGCCACCGCAAGUGUCCAUCACACCUCCUCCGCCCCAAGCAGAAGGAGACCCACCCUCCCAAUGCAACAACUCCUUUGGCCGCCAACAGGGGGUUUGACUCCUGUGGGACUCUGGCCACCUGGCGGACUGAGCCGGGCACCUGGGGCCCGCCGGUGGCACUCCAGCCUUCCAGAGGCCUGGCUGGAGCCAGCGGAAAGGGCCACCAGCCAGAGAAAGGGCAAAGGUGGACACCCUACCUCCAGAUCUCCCUGGGGCAGGCUCCCUCCUCCUUCCAGCUCUUUGCCGUGAUCCCCACUUUCUGUGACCUCGGGCUGCCCGUGGAGGGUGCCAAGGCGGGCCCGGCUCUCCAUGGGGGGAUGGAGAGGAAGAGCUCGGGGGGCUGUGAGGCCCCAAAGAAGUGUGGCCUGUCCUUCUCCAUCGAGGAGAUCUUAAAGAGGCCGGCUGAGAGGAGUGAUGCAGUCAGGCCGGAAGGGGCAGGUGGAGAGGGCACCGGGCAAGCAGCAGCUGCAGACUCCGGGCCGGAGAGACCCCCGCACGACCAGCCCCAGGAGGAGAGGAAGGGCAAGCGGAGGAUCCGAACCACCUUCACCACAGAGCAGCUGAAUGAGCUGGAGAAGAUCUUCCACUUUACCCACUACCCUGACGCCCAUGUCCGCAACCAGCUGGCAGCCAGGAUCAACCUCCCAGAAGCUCGGGUACAGAUCUGGUUCCAGAAUCAGCGAGCCAAGUGGCGGAAGCAGAAGACCAGCAGCCUUGGGGCUUCGCCGCAGCCCAGGGAGGCCGACUUGGCCCCGCCCACAAACCCGGACGUGGUCGGCCCCAUGCUGCUGCACCCUGCACGGCCCAGGCUGGCUCCUCCCACAGGUUGCUAUCCACCGGCUCAAGGUCAGCUGGCCUCUGCCUGGCUCCCCACCCGGAUCGCCCUCCUCCCAUGCCACCCAUGGGAGACACAGCCUCUCCCGGGUCCUCUCAUCAUCCAGCAGACCUGCAUCCCUGCACUUUGCUUUUUUGCACCUCCGCACCCCAAAUGGGGCAACAUCUGUACCACUUCCACACAGGAACCAGACAUCCUCUCCUUAGUGGAGCUGCUCUCUUCUCCAGGCGACAGACACUGUGUGAGGUCUCAGGAUGAUCUCUGGAAGGAAGAGGUCGUCCUCUUGCACCUGUGCUUCCUCUGA